AUGGCAACCACAACCACCUUGGCAACCACUCCUGUCGCUACAACAACUUCCAUGGCAACCACAACCACCCUGACAACCACUCCCGUUGCUACAACAACUACCAUGGCAACCACCACUCCCAUGACAACCACUCCAACUGUUACUAGCGGCCCAUGUCUCCCAGAUUACGAACUGUUUGAGGACAACUGCUACCGCGUGUUCACUGAGCCCAAGAGUUACAUGGAGUCAGUGCUGGUCUGUAAGAAGGACUGCGGCGUCCUGGCCACACCACGUACCAGCACGAUAAACAACUACCUGGUCAAGCUGAAGAACAGGGUGGCAGGCGACAAGUUUGUCCGUUUCGGGCUGACGGAUCACGUGAAGGAGGGAGUGUUCGAGUGGAUCGACGGCACUCCUCUAGGGGACUUCACGAACUGGGAACUACUUGGUGGGAAAAUACGCAACUCUGACCGCAAGGACUGCGUUGAAUAUAACAAGCUUUGCGAGCAAAGCCAAGAAGUAGGAAGAUUACGAGGGUGA